AUGUUAAACUUACGCCUCGAUAGCUCACCUCAAUUUAAAUCAGAGUUGAAAAAAAUACGAAAGAGGCUGGCGCUAGAUGAGCAAAGAGCGGCUGAAAAUAAGAAAAAGCAAUCAAAAGGACAGAAAACCCCUCUUGAGCGCAGUCAAGUGCAUUGGAGUCCUCAGCACCGUCAGACGUCAGAUACGCCAAGAAAUGCUCGGAGUAGCCGACAAUUUUCAGCGGUCUCAAAGUCACUUGAGGGGUUACCUUCCACGAAGCUUUCGAAUGAGUCUCAUAUGAGUUCUAAGAGGCCCUUUAACAGAACCUUGGUGCGACAAACUAACAACAGAGCGAGGGUUGCCGCGGUCACUGAGCGACUAUCAGCGCCUUUGGAACGUCAGAGAAAUUCGGCCACCUGUCAUCCACCGAUUCUGGAUAUCAUCCGUAAUGUGGAACGUCUACAUCAGCAAAAAUCAAUAAAACCACAGCCAAAGGCUCCUACAGCAAUAGUUAACGCUUCUUAUGAUCAAGAAUUUGUCCCACUAUCACCCAAGGCCGUUAAAGCCCUCCCAACUCCUCCACCAUACAAAUUUGGGAAGAUUGAAGAACAACCGGAGAAAACCUACAAUAUAGGGAAAGAAAAUGCAAUAUUUGAUUUAAUCAAGGAUGUACCAACGUAG